AUGCCCCUCCUGGAGCUUGCGGCCCGCUUCAUGCGGCCGCUGUUAGCAUGGAUUGAAGCUACCCCCGUUCAUGUCCUUCUCGUCUGCUUCAUCUUGCUCAUUCUCCUAGGCCUUGCUUGUCUUUUCGUCCUCCUUCACCUUGUAGCGCCCAAACCCCGACCCGUCAUCCCGUCUGAGAAAACAUACAUCACAUCCAGCCCCUCAGGAAAGCCAACAACAGCUCGACAGCUGCCAUGCUGGUACGAUCGCUGGCUAGCUGAACGUCGCCUCCAGGAACAAAAGCAUGUUCGUCCGCAAGAAGCGUAUCCAGCCCCGGAUGCUGGCAGCAUUGAGCCUGCCGAACUGCGACUAAGUGUCGUGUUCCCUGCGUACAACGAGGAGGACCGAAUUUUGCCCACGCUGGAAGAAGCCGUAGAGUAUUUGGACAAGCAUAUAGGGCGAAGCACCACCGCCAAGGGUCCGUUUAGCCCCAGCAGCCGACGCCACCAGCGUGGACAUUCGAGUGCUGCCAAGUCGAACGCGGAGCUGGGAGGUUACGAGAUCCUGAUUGUCAAUGAUGGGAGCAAGGACAAGACUGUGGAGGUGGCACUCGAUUUUGCUCAUAAGCAUGACCUCCAUGAUAUCCUUCGGGUCGUGACUCUGGUUAAGAACAGGGGCAAGGGCGGAGGCGUCACCCACGGCCUACGCCAUGUAAGAGGCGAAUAUGUAUUAUUCGCCGAUGCCGAUGGUGCCUCCAGGUUCAGUGACGUGAGCAAGUUGAUAGAGGGUUGUGAAGAGGUUAUCGACGGCUCCUUUCGAGGUGUUGCCAUUGGAAGUCGCGCUCACCUGGUUGGUAGCGAAGCCGUGGUCAAGCGCUCUGCUCUGCGUAACUUUCUAAUGCGAUCUUUCCACCUGGUUCUCACCAUCCUCACGCCACCUGCAACAUCACGCAUUCGCGAUACUCAAUGCGGCUUCAAGCUGUUCUCACGCGAGUCCCUACCCCACAUUGUACCUUACAUGCAUGCCGAGGGCUGGAUCUUCGACAUUGAGAUGCUGAUGCUUGCUGAAUCGGCGCCCGCUACGCCCGUUCUCGGUAGCGAUGGCGGUGUUAUUGGCACCAGUCCCGGGAUCAAGGUCGCCGAGGUGCCUAUAGAGUGGCAUGAGGUGGGUGGAAGCAAAUUAAAUGUCAUCCAGGACAGCAUCAAGAUGGCCGUUGGACUGGCCGUCUUGAGAGCGAGCUGGAUGAUGGGCGUCUACCGAAGACGGUUAACAUAG